AUGACUUGUCUAAAUCAAUAUUAUACUAAACAUAUGAUAGUUUAUUUAUUGGUUGCUUGUUUAUUCCAAGUCGGCGCCGGACGUGCUGCACCCGAUCCUCAGACGAUUUCGGUGGACGUUCCUGAUACGUCCUAUAUGGAAAGCAUCUUCGGGGGUCUGACUAGCAGGGCAAGAUCGAUGGCAAACCGCGUGGCCUCGGCGUACUCGGACUCAGCGGAAGUGGCUGCGGAAUCUGGCAAGAAUAUGGUGGCGUUCUUACACAAAAUGAACGAAUCGGCAGUGAAUUUUGGCACCAGCGCCGCCAACAGAAUGGGGCAGAUGGUGAAGAACGGCGGUCGGAGUUGGUCAGGUCUUCUGAGCGGCCUUUUCAGCAGUGAAUAG